AUGGAUACCUCUGACACCCCUGCUGCUACCGCCAUGCUCGACUUCAAUCACCCUCUAUUUCUGCACCCAUCUGAUACGCCGGGCGGCGUUCUGGUUUCACAUCGUCUAGUUGGCAUCAAAAAUUACAACAUUUGGAGCCGGUCUAUGAGAAUCGCGUUGCUGGCUAAGAACAAGUUAGGUCUUGUUGAUGGUACUUCCUGCAAAGAAGAUUAUGAUGAAAUUUUGCACUCUCAAUGGGAACGCUGCAAUGCGUUUGUUUUGUCCUGGAUUCUCAACACCGUGAGCAGUGAUCUCUCGGCUGGAAUCGUCUUCGCUUCAAGCGCCGCUCAUGUCUGGAAUGAUUUGAAGGACCGGUUCGACAAGCCUCUACCUACUGUAAAUCAAGCCUACUCAAUGAUUGUGCAAGAAGAAGCACAAAGAGCUCAGUUAUCUGGUGCUUUGGAUGCUGAUGCCAUGUACUCUAAUGCGUCUGGAAAUUCUGUUCGAAAGCGGUUCACUGGCGUUUGUGAUUACUGCAAACUAAAAGGCCAUAAACGAGAAAACUGUUAUCGUCUAAUCGGGUUUCCUCCAGACUUCAAAUUCACCAAAAAAAGGAAUUCUCAGGCAGCUCUUGUCUCUAGUCCCUCACUGGCUGAUUCCGAUCAUGAGUCUCGUUCUGGUGAAUCACGCACGGCUAAUCCUGUUCCUGCUCCAGUUUUCACAACAACUCAAUAUCAUCAAAUUCUUGAGCUCUUGAAUAAAACUCCUUCUGCUGAUGCAGCAGUUAAUCUGGCAGGGGCUACUGACCAUAUGGUGUCUGAAAGUCAUUGUUUGCAAUCUCUAACUUCAUGUGAGCCUAGUUAUGUCCAUCUACCCACUGGUAAAACUAUUCCAAUCACCCAUACUGGCAGUUUUCAUUUUAACUCAAUUGAUGAUCUCUUCACUGGGAAGAUGAGGGGGAUUGGUAGGGAAGCUUGUGGUCUCUAUUUGUUCAUCAAUACCUUAUUUCUGCAAUGUUCUGUCUGCCCUCUUGCAAAACAAUCUAGGUUACCAUUUCCUAUUAGUUCAUCUAGAUCACCUAAACCCUUUGAUCUAAUUCACGUUGACUUGUGGGGUCCCUAUAGGAUUUCAACACACAGUGGUUAUAGGUCUUUUUUGACUAUUGUAGAUGAUCACACUAGGUUGUCUUGGGUAUACUUGUUGAGACUUAAGAGUGAUGCAAUCCUUUUUCUUAAGCAAUUCUUUACUCUUGUUCGAACUCAUCAUUCUGUUUUGGUUAAGUAUGUUCGUAGUGAUAAUGGUGGUGAAUUCUUUAGUGAUAAUUGUUCUGAACUAUUUUCAUCCCUUGGUAUUGUUCACCAAAGCUCUUGUGUUCACACACCCCAACAAAAUGGGGUUGCUGAAUGA